AGACACGUAUUCGACCAUAGACGAUCUUGUGGUCUGAGAAGGCUGCUUCCUGUGUUUGUGAGAAUCCUCCUGCCUGGCACCUAGAAGAAGGAGCCGCCAUGGCGUCAGGCCUGUCCGGUGUUGUCCUCUUGGCCUUUUGUGCCAUUUUGCCCGCCUGUGUAUCGGCGGAUGAUAAAGCCUGUCUAUCGUACACCGAUUUAUCAGGCGUGCAUCAUCCAUACGAGCGAUGUUACACAGGAUUCUGCUGUGGCAUGUGCACUUCCAGACGAUGCUGUACCAACACUUUUCUUCGUUUUUCCGAGGAUCGUCAAGAAGACUGUGAGGACACACAACUGAUGGGCUCUCCGCCACUGUUGGGCAGCAUGAUCGGCGUUGGUAUCUUUACCUUGGUGGUGCUCAUCAGCUGCUGCGUCUGCCCCUGCUGCUGCCUGUACAAGAUGUGCCGCAAGCCCAGACCUGUGAUUGCAACCACCACCCACACCACAGUGGUGACCAGCACCCCUCAGCAUUACCCCCGACAGCCAACAGCAUCGCCCGGGCAACCCCACCCCUACCAGGCGGCCCCCUACCCAGCCUACCAGCCUGUACCGGUCCAGCCGGGAUACGGCAGCCAGCCCAUGCCACCACAGGGGUACGGGGCACAACCCAUGCCCACAAUGCACCACCCUGGACAGCCUUUUACACCGGGACCACCACCAACGUAUCAGGAAGCCACGGGCCCCAUCUACCCUCCCAACCCGAUGCCUUACAGCCAAGCUGCGUUCAACCCCGGUCAACCCUCCUACCCCCUGCAGCCGCCUCCUGUGCAGCCACAAGCCAACGCUCCACCAGCCCAGACGGACUACCUGGCUCAGCCCGCGUACAACCCCGAUUUUGUCUCCCCGCCACCUAAGACUGGAUAAUGGUCUCCCUCGUCAUGGUCACGCCCUCAGCCGCAUUGAGUGUGCUGCAACAAACUUCAUUUGUCUCCCUAAGGGGGAAAUUAUGUUACACUUUUAUACAUUUUACCAUGCGAAAUACAAACGCGCAUGCACACACAUAUGCACGCGCAGGAUCAUGCAUCAUUCUUUGCAUGCCUUGAGCGAAGAUGUCAGAGUGAGAGUUGUGCAGUUGCUCUCGGAGUUCUCAGGAAGUAAACUGGCAACUCCACAUCAGCAAAUCCCAAUUCCAUUUCUUCUUGGAGGGUUAUGAACCUGCCCCAGUGGUCAAAUAUGAAACAAAAGCUCAUUUUCAGCUGUCAGAGCUGUAACAGAGGCAGGGCAACGUCUCUGUGUAAGAGUAUUUGCAAUGCCACCGCCGUAGUAUGUAUCACCGGACCUUCUGUUAUGGCUUGUUUGUCUGUGGCAUUGGUAAGCAUCCGCCAGGGCUAUUUAAAUGUCCAACCAGCAAAAUGUAAAAUGAUUGUUUUUCAUUUAUUUUAUCAUCAUCAUCAUCAUCAUGCGUUGGCUUUCGUCGUUGUCUUCAUAAGGCUUUCAAAGCAUAGGGCAGUAAAAAAAAUGGCUUUAAAAAACAUUUAAAAUAAAUGUUCAUUCACUUUUUAACAAAUUUAACAACUGUACUAAAAUCAACAUUUAGCAAAGUGUAAUAAUUUGUAAGGCCAAACUAAUUUCUAUAGCUUAUUUUCUUUUUAAAAUAAAGAACAUGUAGCUGAAGUUGAUGUAAAAAUAAAAAUACAUGCAGUAUUUCUUCCUUUUUCUCAAGCUGGUGCAUCUCUAAUUGAAGUCCUGUGGCGCCCCACACGGAAAGGCGUACUGAAAAGUGUUGGUGGGGAAUAUUUAUAGUUUUAUGUUACGUAGUGAGAACCUCGCAGGGGGAAAAGAAUAAAGGGAUGUUGAUUGUGUUGUUUGAGCUGGCCAACUCCUCACUUUGGUCCUGCUUUAGUUUUUUUUUUUGUUUAAAAUGUUUUAGAUUGUUCCAACUGGAUGCAAAUGUAUCUGAAAUUCAUUGGUAGCUCUCAGCAAGAAUAACCAAAGGUGGAGUUUAUUUUUUUUGUGGUUUACUUCCUCA